CCACUUGGCGAAGGUCAAUGUGUUUUUAACAAUUUAAUUUUCACUGCGGUUUACGCGUCGGCUCGCUUAUUUUUUUUACACACGCGUUCAGUUCUGAAUCAGGAUGGCUGUUGUUUGGGCACUUCUUCCGCUUCUACUGCAACUGGUGCCUAUUGUUUGGUGCCAAGAUAUUGAUUUUGAUUCAGAUGACGAGCCACUGAACAGGCGUACCCGAGCAGUUCUGAAUGUCCUGCCAUACACCAGUAUCGUUGGCGUGCUGCAGUCGGCUCAGGCGUGCUGCGACGCUCCAAUUUUAAUUCCAAAUUACGUGCAGUCUGCGUGCGGGGCAACUUCGCGCGUUGUCACGUACAGGACGUCAAAUAGGGGUAUUUUUGGAGGACUUUUGGGCACGCUAGUGCGGCCUUUCUUGAAUAGGGCAGCCGUCAGUGGCAGAGCUUCUGCAGAGGAUGUUCUUUUGAACGUGUGCUAUGCAGACUGUGCAUAUCAAGGUCUAGGUUUGGUGGAUCCAUCAACCAUCUCGAGUUCAUCCUCGCUGAACAUGGACAGCGUCUACCAACUAUUCACCAAUGCCACCGAUUACUAUCCCGACUGGUCGGACAUAAUUGCUAACGCAACCGAUUAUUGCUCCUCCACGGCCUUUACCUCACCAAGGGCGAUCAGAACGAGCACGGGCAGAAUCUGCUCCACUUACCCGCUCAAGUUCUCCAUUUGCAUUCGGAGGUAUUUGCUUGAGGAGUGUUUGUCCGACAACUUGACUCAAAGCACUUCGUGCGAUAAUUCGCUGAACAACCUCAGGUCGCUCGCCGCCGGCUUUUCCUUGCGGUCCAUUUUCGGCCCCUCGUCGCCCUACAGACUCAUUGUCUGAACACUCAGUCUACUGCAAAUUCUCCAGGCAACCUGACAGCGUGCUAUUAAAUCAUGGAAAUUGCGUAAUUUAAUUUUUCCCUUUAAUUGGCUGUUAAUCAAAUAAAAUAUGACGGCUUGUGUUAAAAACCAAAAAACA